UUUUGACAACACUUAGCACGCGUUUGAGCAGACACAUCAGCGGGGGGUGGGGGAGGACUUUGGUUUCACCUUGUUAUGAACGUAGUCGGACAGAAGAAGUCGGAACAUCGCAGCUGCGACAUCCACAGCCAGAGAUGCCAAAAUACUGCUCGGUCUCGAACUGCAAGAAUGACUCUGGAAAUGGCAACGGCAGGAAAAGCUUUUACAAGUUCCCACUUCAGGACCCGAUCCGCCUGCAGCAGUGGUUGAGGAACAUGGGCCGUGAGAACUGGAUUCCUUCCAGACACCAGUAUAUUUGCCACGAACAUUUUGCACCUUCAUGUUUCAAGGUGCGUUGGGGGAUCCGUUACCUUGAUAGUGAUGCUGUGCCAACAGUCUUCCAGGAGACUGAGAAACGGAAAGCCACGGAUCACAAUGAGAGGAAGCCAAAGCGGCUAAGAACUAACAAGAAUCACAUCGUAACAGAGUCAGAUGACAGGACGACGACUUUUGAUGCUGUAGAGACUCAAAGUGGGUUGCACAUGGUGCACCUGUUUCAGAUUGCUGUUGAUCCCUCACGACCAGGAGAAAGCAGUUUUGUGGAUUCGAGUGACGUUGGAAAAUCUGACUGUUCUCUCCAGACAGACUCUCUGGCAUCAGUGGACGGAGUCGAGACGGGUGUAAGCUUCCCUUUAACUUUGUACCAGACAGUAGAUGGUCUGAGUGACAAUGGGGAGAACACAGAGGUGGUGGUGAUGUCUGACUGCCCUUCUGAGGAGGGACAACAGGAGCUUGUGAAUGAAAUCACUGCUGCCAUUUUGAGGCAGGGCAGCAGGCUGGUCAUGAAUGAGUCCAUACUUGGCUGUACAGAUGAUGCUGUGGGCUCUAACGGAGUUCAGGAUGUCACUUACACCACUGAAGAGCUCUCAGAUGAACAUGAAGGUCAUGAAACUCAAGUCAUUGCCUACUUUGAGACAAUACCAAAUGUUUUCCCCAGUGAAACCUCCACCCAGUUAACCUUCUCCCCAGAUACAGUUCUGUCGUCCGCCCUGAGCUCCAAACCCAUCUCAUCUACUUUGCCCAUCGUGUCCAAACACAUGCCACCGUCUCCACCAUCUCUGGUCCUCACUCUGGAGAGACUGGACAGAGAUGGAGGCGAGGGGGAUGAGAGCCUGUCAGAGGUGGAUGACUCAGAGCAGCGGGAACACCAGCUGGAGGAACACUGCUACCACAAGAACAGUCUGAGUAAGGAGCAGCUGGAGGCGAUCGUGGCUGAGCUGCAGAAAAAGGUGAAAGUGCUGCAGCAGCGACAUCGCCGACACCUGGAGAAGCUGAUCGGGUUGGAAAACACGGUCUGCCAACUGCGACAAAGUAACCUGCUGAACGAGGAGCGGCUGCAGCUCCUGGAGAGGGCAUACAUUCAAAACAGUGCAACAGUUCCAGAUACUGGUGAAACUGUGGCCAUCAUAUACGAGGAGGACAAUGCUGCCUUCUUAUAUACUCCACUGAGCGAUGCAGAGAGCAUGUUGUGAUCGUAGAUAUCGUGUCUGUGCUGCCCACUGUGCCAAAAACAAAAGGGAAAAUGCUAUCGAAAACAAAAAUGGUACAUUAUUUUCUGCUGUUUACUUGACUUAAAAUCAGAUCUGUUCAGUUUACAUCAAAUCAAAAGAAAAUCUGUGAAUGAAAAGUCUUGUGUUGGCUCACCUGCUUGGAGCUUUGCACUAACAUAGAGGAGUAAAAUGGGAUUAUUUUGAAUGUUUUUUUUUUCUUUUAUCAAAGAUUUUUGAUUUUUCUAUCACAUCUCUCUUUACACUUAAGUUCUGUUUAUUAAAUUGGUUUUGUUUAUGAUAAUGUGCGAAUCAAUAAAAAUAACAUUGUUCA